AUGUUAUGGCUACAGGUAAACUGGUCAUUAGCUUAUGUGAUAGCAGUGGUUGAAUCCAAAUGUGGUCACGAAACACUAAGGAGAAGUGCGAAUUUGGUGAAGGGGAUGAGAUGGAUAGCUUUUUGGACACAUUUGUUUUACGGGCUUACUAUGGGAGGAAUGGUGAUUGGCACUAACGUCGUUUUUGUCCUUUUGGGUACAAUGAAGGGUGGUAAGUGGAGGAGUUUUUCAGUGAUAUCACAAACUGUGCAGUGUUCAGUGCUGGGAUCUUUGGCAAUGAAUCAGUUUCUUGUAUUGAAUGUGGUAUUGUAUAUGUAUUGCAAGGACUUGAAAGGCGAAAAAUUGCCUUUUGAAUAUGUAUCUCUUCCCUUGGACGAUGAGAAGAAUCAUGCUAUUGUGUAG